AUUAUUUUUGAGCUGUCCUGUUCUCGAAUCAAGUGCAGUGAUUCGGCGUUAUUUUUGCACAUAUUUUCUCUAAAACACUACGAAAUAUAAAACUAAACAACUGACAAUAAACCUAAGCCGUGCUAUGGUUAAGAUCGAUGAUUUCAAACUCUCUUGUGAGCUUGCUGGUCACAAGUUGGACGUACGAGCAGUAGCCGAGGGUAAAGGUUACAUUGUGUCUGGGUCGCGCGAUAAAACAGCGAAAGUAUGGACUUUACAAGAUAAACAUUAUACCGAAACGGAAACCCUGGUUCGUCAUACGAAUUAUGUCGGUGCAGUUUUGGUAAUCGAGGAAAAUGACUGGAUCUGCACUGCUAGCAAUGAUGCCACCAUCUGCGUAUACAAGUAUCCGAACUCGAUCGAACCAUUUGUGGUGCUAAAAGGUCAUACCUCGACAGUCUGUGCACUAGCAAAGGGAAAUUCGGCAAAUGUGCUUAUUUCCGGUAGCUGGGAUAAAAGUGCUAAAAUUUGGACUAACGUCGGCUCGACGCAGGCUAGCGUAACGCUUGUGGGUCAUGAAGCAGCUGUUUGGGCUGUAGCACGACUAUCCACGGGGAAGUAUGUUACGGGAUCUGCCGAUAAGUCAAUUUUCGUCUGGAAUGAAGCAGGAGAAAAAUUGGUUGUCCUCAAAGGUCACAAAGACUGUGUUCGUGGUUUGUGUGCCUUGCCGAAAAAUGGGUUUCUCAGUUGUUCCAAUGAUGCGGUCAUUCGUCACUGGAAUGAUACAUACGAAUGUGUGAAGGAGUUCCAUGGUCAUACUAACUAUAUUUACAGCAUUUCUCGAAGUGACUUCUGGGGUGAUGAUGUUUUCAUAACCAGUGGUGAAGACAGUACCAUUCGAAUGUGGAGUUUAACGCAGGGGGCUUUGGGAAACGAAUUGCAAUUACCUGCUCAAUCCAUCUGGUCCGUCGCCGGGUUGCGGAAUGGAGAUAUAGUGGCUGGCUCCAGCGAUGCUAUGGUUAGAGUUUUUACUACUAACGAGGAUCGGACAGCUUCCCAGGAUAUACAGGAGGCAUUCAAGUUGUCUGUUGAAGUGAGAAUUAGAGAAUCCACGAAGCAGCUUGGCGGUGUAAAUGUGAGUGAUCUGCCGGGACCGGAAUCGUUACUGUCGGAAGGUCAAAAUGGUCAAACAAGGAUAGUACGUCAUGCUGAUGGUAAAAUUAUGUGCUACCAGUGGAGUAACAAUAAAUGGGAACUCGUCGGUGAUGUGAUGGGCGCUACCGGAGGAGAUACCGGAAAGCAGUUGUACGAAGGUCGUGAAUAUGAUUUUGUAUUUUCGGUUAAUCUAUCGGACGAUGCACCCAAUCUUAAGUUGCCGUAUAAUCGUGGUGAAGAUCCUUGGUUUGUGGCUCAACGAUUCAUUCACAAGCAUAGUCUUCCGCAAGCUUAUUUAGAGCAGGUUGCCAAUUUCAUCAUCACAAACUCUAAAAAUGCUCCGAUCAAAUCCACAGCUGAAUCCAAAACUUACUACGAUCCUUUCACUGGUGGUUCCCGGUAUGUGCCAGGAACAGAAACCAGUUAUCAGCCAACAGCUGCCAAUACAGAUCCACUUACCGGUGGCUCCAGUUACACCACUCAAACACCGAAUGCUGGUUUUCCACAAAACGGCAACAGAUUGAACAACAGUGGAAAUGCAGAUCCAUUCACCGGGGGUUCAAGCUAUACGACUGGUGCGACGGAAUUGAAAAAGACCAACGUACAUUUUCCUCAUAGGCAUUUUGUGACAAUCGAAAAUGCAGAUUUGUCUAAAGUGUUGGUGAAAUUGAAGGAACUGAAUAGCAAGAUCGAAAAUAAAAGCCUUCAAAUGUCCGAUGAUACCCUUGAUGAUAUCGUAGGAUACGUAAGGGAGAUAGCAACAGUUUCGGAGCAGAAUUCCGCGUGUAUCACUGCUCUCAAAUAUCUGUACACGUGGCCGACGGAGAUUAUUUUUCCGGUGCUGGAUAUAACGCGACUGAUUGUACGCGAUCCUCGCGGCUGUCAGGAGCUGUUUGAAGGGGAAUUUAUGAAUAGUUUGCUGCAGCAUAUCAAUCACUUGCCGGCCAAUCAGAUGAUGGGGGCCCGUUGUUUCGCCAAUAUGAUCUCGCACUCAAUCGGGCGGAACAUUGUACUGGAACAGAUACGUCCGAUCGUGGAUAAACUGUCACCGAUUAAGACCGGUAGUGCAAACCUGCAGGUCGCGCUGGCUAGUUUUUAUUUGAAUCUGUCGAUGACACAACUCGACAAACCGUCGCUUGACUUUUGUAAAGUUUUCUCCGAUGCAGUUGCGGAAUUUCUGGAAUGGGCCACGGACUAUGAAGCGAUUUACCGCGGAUAUCAGGCCCUCGGAAACUUGCUGUCCACUCAACAGGGAACACUGGUGGCCAACCAUCUCAGAGCGAACAAUGGACUGAUUGACAAGAUUCUGCUAAGCAUUAGUGCCGAAGUGAGCGGUUACACGAAACUGAACGAAUGUGCAAGCUACCUUUACGAGUUACUAGCUUAGAUAGAUACAUCGGAACCCAUACGGACUUCCACUGUCAUUUAAAUAAAACUGCUAACGAUUGGUUUAAA